UUAUCUCUUGAGAUCCAUGGCAAGGUCACUGAAUCUGGAAAUGGGUUUUCAGAUAAGGCUUCUGGGUCUGUGUCUAUGGGUGUACUUGGCAAGCUUGAGCUUCAUCUCAGUGGGUGCUUUGUGUGCAAGAGUAGGUGCAGUUGACAAAGGGAUUGUUUUAGUUCAUGGGAAAACUGCUAUUGGAAGGAUUGAUGAUGAUUUUGUCUGUGCAACUCUGGAUUGGUGGCCUCCUCAGAAAUGUGACUAUGGAAAAUGUAGUUGGGGGCAUGCUUCUCUGCUUAAUCUGGAUCUCAACAACAAAAUUUUGUUAAAUGCAGUAAAAGGUUGGUUUUACUGGGAGAUGAGAGUUGUCUGCGGAGCAUCGCGCACAAAAUCAUGGAUUCCCUCUCCCUAUCCGACCGAGGCACUGUGCAGGUCGUUGAAUUGAACAUGGAAGACCAAAACGAAUCGCUUUUCCAACACUCUGUUGAUCAGGCAUGCCAGAUUUUGGGGAAAUUGGAUGCUUUCGUCAACUGUUACAGUUACGAAGGGAAAAUGCAAGAGCAUAUUGAGUUAGCUGAGAGUGAGUUUAAGAAAAUAGUGAAGAUAAAUUUUAUGGCUGCAUGGUUCUUGUUAAAAGCUGUUGGCAGAAGGAUGCGGGAUUUCAACGCCGGGGGCUCCGUCGUCUUUUUAACCUCCAUACUUGGCGCUGAAAGGGGGUUGUAUCCUGGAGCUGCUGCAUAUGCCUCUGUCUUGGCAGGAGUGCAGCAAUUAGUGAGGGCUUCGGCUUUGGAGAUAGGGAAGUACCAGAUCAGAGUUAAUGCCAUUGCCCGAGGCCUGCACCUGCAAGAUGAAUUUCCAUUAUCCGUGGGAAGGGAAAGAGCAGAGAAAUUGGUGAAGGAGGCUGCACCGCUUGAGAGAUGGCUUGAUGCUAAGAAUGAUCUGGCGUCUACGGUUAUCUAUCUAAUCAGUGAUGGAUCACGCUACAUGACUGGAACAACCAUAUACGUAGAUGGGGCACAGUCUAUAACCAGGCCUCGCAUGCGAUCCUUUAUGUGACUCAUGCUGGCGCUGAAAGGAUUUUUUCAAGGAAUGAUCCGCCAUACACAUUUCCUGCAUCAUUGCUCUUAGGAAAUGACUAAAUUUCUAAUCCAAAUCUUAAACCUUCAACCCCGAAAAUUAUGUCCGGGUAUUCAACUAAGUUAUGUGCAAUUGAAAAAGUAACUGCUUAAUCGAUAAUUAUAUAGUGAAUGUUAAGCUGCAGAUUUGUUAGCCAGGUUUGUGGAGACGUUAUGACUGUGUGCAAUGGAUCCAUCAAUCUUAUAGCAGGUAGUAUGCCAGAAAAAGCAAAUAAAAAAAUAUAUAAAGUAUUCACUAAUAUUAGUGUGUUUCCAUAAAUAAAGUUCUAUCUCUCACUGACUAAAUCAUUGAUGAAGCAUUCUCAAAUUCAUGUUAUGCCACAAGUCUCUCUUUGAAUCUGUUUGUAAUAUACUGCCACUUCCUUAAUGGUUAUAUAUUUAGAAAUUUUAAUAGA